AUCAAAACGUUAUUUUAUUUAUUAAAAAAAAAAAUUGGCGGGGGAUAAACCAAACAGAACUGAACAUGGAAUACACCAUCUAAUAUUAUUUGUCACUACAGUGACAGACUCAAUACAUGUUACAAACCAAAAUCAAUUUUAAAUUUCUGUAGUUAUUGAGGGCCCCCCAUCCAAGGAGGUUUCACGGUUACCCUCUGUUCUACGCCCGUGUUUCUCUUCGGGUGGAGCGUCAAACGUGCUAACUCCUAACUAAUGAACGGGCACUCCUGUAUGGACAAACUUGAUGAGCGUUUGCUGAAUUUGACGUGGCACAGUCAUACGAAUCAUCUUUACGACAAACGAAUGUCACAUGUAGGAUAAGAAAAUGAAGCGAAAAUGUUCUUGCAUGAGGCCUCUCGAAAGUCAGAUGGAAGCUUGAAACUAUUUCGGCACUGAAAACGUUUACGUGAAGUUAAUUUGUUUGAAUUACAUGAAGGAUGUGUCUGAAUUUUGUCAGCAUAUCUGAAAUGGGUUUAGGACUUAGAAAGCUGAAGGAAGGUCUUCCGACAAAAAUUGAUUGUGGACAAUGACUCUGCAUUCACGAGUUCACUACUGAACAAACUUGGCACACUUUCACUAAGGGAUUUAAUCGUGCACCCCAACAGUAAGCACUUAUUUUCUGCCCUUUUUCUCUCUCGGCGUGAUCUCUCUCCCACUCAAGGCUGUUCUUGUUUUCUGUCUCUUUCUCCCGCACGCAAGUCUUCGUGAGAGACAUUUAAAAGGAUAAUAAUAUCUAUAUAUAAUAUUGCAUGAGUUCUCACGCUUUCCUUUUCAGGUUGAUCGCGAUGGACGACGCGGAAAAGCCUGCGUCGGCCGGCCGCCGAGCUGUGCGUAACGGCGUUCCGGAGCGCCGAGCCGCGGUGCUGGUGUCCGAAGCCCACGGGCAGCAGAUACUGAGCGUGCUCCGCGGAUUCCGCGACAGGGGCGUGCUAUUCGACUUCAGCAUCCGCGUGGAGAACGACACGUUACCGUGUCACCGCUGCGUCCUCGCCGCCUCCAGCGACUUCUUCAGAGCCAUGUUCGAGGUGGACAUGCGAGAGCGUGACGACGGUACAGUGACCCUGAGCAAUCUGUCCCCGCGAGCCGUACGCGCCUUCCUUGACUUUGCGUAUUUGGGCGAGAUUGAGAUCGUGGAGGAAAACGUAGAUAUGCUCUUCCAGCUGGCCUCCUUUCUGCAGGUAGGAGUGCUCCUUCGUGCCUGCAGUGACUUCCUGAUCCAGACCCUCGACGUUUCCAACUGCCUUCACCUACUGGCUGUCGCCGAGGGCUACGGUUCGUCGCGCCUCCUGUCCCAUGCCACUGAUUUCGUUAUGGCGAACUUCCACAUGCUCUGCUCCAGUCCAGACUUCCUGGAGAUGGCUGCAGGGGUGCUGGAGCACUGUCUGUCCUCAGACUCCCUCAGCGUUCCAGAUGAGGAGAGCGUGCUCCUCGCUCUGCUCCGCUGGGCUCAGCAUGACCCGGAGACUCGUCAGCACAUGCUCCCGGGGCUCCUCCCACACGUGCGCCUGCACCACCUCCUCCCUGUCCGCCUGGAGGAGAUGCGCCGCUCCGAGGCGCUGUUGCUAAGCGACAGCAAGUGCACGGGCCUGAUGGCGGAUGCGCUGGUGCACGCCACAGAGUUCCCCGGCACCUUCACCGAUGCCCGUCCAUCCACGACGGCAAGCUACAUCUACGUGCACAAGACGGAGGAGAACGGCACGGCACGGCACGCGUUCUGCUACGACGUGGCGGCCGACCGCUGGCGUGAGCUGCCCCGCGAAGCCUCCCAGCUCGACGACCUGCCAGGCUCCUCCCUGGCCGCCUUUGGAGAGAAGCUGUUUGUCACUGGCGGCUGCCGUGGCAGCUGUGGCCGGGCGGUGCGAUUACACAUCGCCGAAUCCCACCACGAUGCCACGGCCGAGGCGUGGUGCUACUGCCCCGCGACAGGCGCCUUUACUCAGGCCCCGCCGAUGGGGCAGGCACGCACCAUGCACGCCUCCGUCACCGCCAUGCAACGCGUCUAUGUCAUCGGCGGAAAGGCGCACGGGACGCGGGACGCACGCAGCCUGCAGGACGUGGAGUACUACGACCCACUGCUCCGCUCCUGGGUGUCCGUCAGCUCGCUCCCACGACGCGUCUACUUCCCAGAGGCGGCCGCAUGUGGCCGUGUGGUCUACGUGCUGGGCUCUGAGCUGGAGGUCUCCGAGGCUUUCAAUCCGUCGCUCGACUGCUUCUUCCACUACGACACCACCACAGACCAGUGGUGCCACCUGGUGGCAGAGUUUGGCCAGUUCUUCCAUGCCACCCUGGUUAAGGCCGUGGCUGUUAGCGAGACGCUGUACCUCUGCGACCUGUCCACGUACAAGGUGUACAGCUUCUGCCCAGACACGUGUGUGUGGAAGGGGGAGGGCUCGUUUGAGUGUGCUGGAUUCAACGCUGGGGCAAUAGGGGUGCGGGACAAAAUCUACAUCCUGGGAGGGGACUACUCGCCCGACGAGGUCACAGACGAGGUGCAAGUGUAUCACAGUGGACGCUCCGAGUGGGCGGAGGUAGCACCUAUGCCACGGCCGCUCACUGAGUUCCACUGCAAGGUGCUCAGCUUUAACCACUACAGGGACCCCUGGAGGUCAGAGCUUGCAACAACACCAUGAGCAUGUGUCCACAACUCUCUGGAGCGGUUCAAUAAUUAGUGGUGUGUGCAAUAUUCACACAUGUGCGCACCCAAAAACACACUAAGUACUGACCUGCUAGAGGGAUUCUUAGAGAGAGCUAUGCAUGUGUUUUCACAAACUUAGAUUCACACCUACAUAUGUACACAUACAUGCUUAAGCUGAGUACAGAUCCCUACAUACACACCCAUUCACACUCAUAUAUACACACACAGGCUAAGCAACAACAAAGAGACAUAACCUCAUAUAUAACUUGUACAGCCAUAUCUGGUCACUUUUACUUAAAAAAUUACUAAUGUUGAGAUGUAAACAAAUGCCUCUAGUAAAACAGAAUUACAUGCAAAUAGUAAAAGCACACAGACACAGUGAGAAACUAUUCAGUCAUCACAUCAGCAAAGAGGAAAAAAAGGCUAUUAAAUUUGUCAGCAAUAUCAGUGCAAAGCAAUGGGAAAAAAACAAAUUAAAUAUACAGCAAUAGACCAAAAAAACCUUCAACAAUAAAAAUAUGAUAGAAAGUUAAUAACAUCAACAUAUUGAUAAGUUUAGGCACUGAUAUUUUUCAGUGCCUGUAAAAUAUACACUGAAAAGCCACUUUAUUAGAGACACCAAUCUAGUAGUGCACUAGACCUCCUUUGGCCUUCAGAAUCACUGCAAUUCAUCAUGAUUUAGAUUCCACUAGGAAUCUUGGCCCAUGCGGGCAGGAGAGCUUCUCACAGUUGCUGCAAAUUAGAUGGAGGUACUGGCAUGCUUUGAACAGCGCAUUCUACCUUGUCCCAGAGAUGCUCUGUGAUUAAGCUCUGGGGACUAUGGAGGCCAAGGAAGUGAGGAAAACUCACUGUCAUGUGCCCAUAACCAAUCCAUGACUAUAUGACCCUUGCUGCAUGGCGUAUUGUCCUGCUGAAAGUGUCCUCCUGCCAUUUGGUAAACGGCUGCCACGAAGGAAUGAACUUGGUCAGCCACAAUAUUUAUGUAAGCCCUACUCUCCAUCCACAGGUAUGGGAGGAUCCGGUGUGCGCCUAGAAAACAUUUCUCAUACCAUUACUCCACCAGCCAGAACUACUGAGACCUGACAGAAAGGGCUCGUUGCUCAUGCCAAAUUCUGACCUUUCCAUCAGCAUGGUGUAACAGAAAUCUGGAUUCAUCUGAUUUGAAAUACCUGGUGGUAUUUUUCCACUGCUUAGUGAUCCAGUAUUUGUGCUCUUUUUUUUUCCACUGGUGCCUUGCCUUUCUGUUUCCCUUGGACAACAGUGGCAGUUGAACUGCUCAUUGGGCGUUAUAAGGAAUGAUGAGUUGUGUGUUCAGACACAUUAAUUGGAGCACCUGUGUUGUAUUUGGCUGUAAUUUGCUUGACUGUGCUCUUCCAGUUUUUUGCAGGAUGAUUCUUGACACCCUCCUCUGACCCUUUUCAGAUAUGUCUGUCCACAGGAUUCCCCUUCACUGGAUGUUUUGCUCAAGCAUACCAUUCUGAGUAUACCCUCAACACUGUUGCACAAGAAAACCCCACAAGGUUGGCAGCUGUUGAAAAUACUGACCCUGGCUAGUUUAGCACCGAUAACAAUACCUCAUUCAAAGUUGUUCAGAUCGCUCGAUUUAGCAUUCUAAUAUGGAUUCACACUGAAACUGGUCCAUGGACUUGAUUUUUUGCAGCCCUCUUGGGUCAUGUGUAUAAUUUCCUUACAGGAAAGCUCCAGCUGUGAAAGGGCAAGUGUCUCUAAAGUGGCAAUUUAGUGUAUAUUACAAAAGAAACUAAGGCCUGUGCUGUGAAUGUAUCACAAUAUUCUAUUAUGAACAGUACAACAAUGUGUGCACAGCUGCUGAAUACAGAAAUAUAUUAAGCAAAAAAUAUAUAAAUGUAUUUGUAUGUCAGAAUCAAACUUGGAAAAAUUUAAAUUGCUUUCUCAUUAACCAUGAAGCGUGGUUAACUGCUGAUUCAGUAGCUUCAUUCACUAACUCACUGAAAGAGAGCUUUUUUUUUUUUUUUUUUACAUGCAUUCUUUUCACUGAUACCAUUUCUCAGACCUGUGCUUUCAAGUGUCAUUUGCCACUCAUAUUUUGGCCUGCUUUGAUUGCACAUAGUGUACCUGUAGGACUUGGCUAACCAAAGUCCUUCAAAUACUGCUGACGUUCCAACCAGGUCCAUUGGUUGCUAUUGCGUCGUCUAGUGGUAGCAGAGUAUACCGUGCCUAUAGUAUCUCAAUUUCUUUUUUGCCACCUUUUGAAUUACACUGAAGUGAUAAAAACAUGUACAUUUGUGAGUAAUGUUUUCAAAACUUUCAUAUCAUAUAGUUCCACACAUGGGUGAGAAUGUAUUUGAUAGUAAUUUGAAAACAUUUAUUUAUCAUAGUUGUCGUGAUUUAUCUUUUAUACUGGGUUCACAUUGGCGAUGCGUUUGACCCAUCUGUGUGGAGAAGGGAGGAACAGAUCACUUUAAUCUGAAACUGACCAGCAUACUCUAAUUCUCAGAUUUCUGUUUUUCUUUUCUUUGUCCCCUUACUUUACUGCCUAUCUGCAUGCUUGGCCUGCUAAUUAAUGUGACUCACUGUGAGGUUUUCCGCUGUUUAUACAGCAGUCAGGUUUGACUGGACAUCUAAAUGAAGCCUAAGAUGAUUGAUUUGCCAAGAUGACUCAGGCACUGACUCAUUUUAGAGUGAUUUUGUUUCCCAAAGGUACUCAUGCAACUCUAGAACAAUAAGUCACAACAUAGGCUGUGUAAAACUGCAUCUUUGUGUUAGUGUGUGCCAUUUGUAUAUGUGUGUGCAUCUGGGUGUGUAUACCAAUUAAAGUCUGUAAACGUCACUCCAAAACUCAGAAUGUAAUGUCCAUUUUAAGUUUCCACAUCCCUGCAAUAAAGGAUAUGCUUGGAGUUGU